AUGAUGAUUGCACAAAUGAUUGCUGGUAUGGCUGCUGCUGGUGCUGCUUCAGCAAUGACUCCCGGUGAUAUUGCAUUUGCUAACGCCUUGGGUGGUGGCGCUUCAAGAUCAAGAGGAGUGUUUUUGGAAGCUUUUGGUACUUUUAUCUUGUGUUUUACUGUAUUGAUGAUGGCUGUUGAAAAAUCAAGAGCUACUUUUAUGGCUCCAUUUGUUAUUGGUGUUUCAUUGAUGUUGGGACAUUUAAUCUGUGUCUACUACACUGGUGCUGGUUUGAACCCUGCAAGAUCAUUUGGUCCUUGUAUUGCUAGUAGAUCAUUCCCAAAUUACCACUGGAUUUACUGGGUUGGUCCAAUCUUGGGUGCCGUUUUGGCUUGGGGUGUUUGGAGAUUAUUCACCUUUUUGGGUUACAAAUCUUGUAAUCCAGGUCAAGAUGGCGAUGAGUAA